AUGUUUUGGAGUAAAGCCUUCUGCCUCUGCGCUGUGCUCAUCCUGAGCCUGUGGUUCUGUGUGGAAGCAGUGCCCAUUGCUGUGGACAAGACUAAAGUGGAAACCCCAGAGCAGAAACUGGAGGCGCCACAGAGUGUGGUGAGUGGAGUGUGUGUUGCAGUACUUAUCAUCAAUUUGGGCUGCAGGAAAUUGAAGGAGGUUUAGACCUAGGCCACAUUAAUCCAAUGUAAACCCCUCCCAUUUCAUCUCUGUCCCACUUACGCACUACAAUGUGGAUUUGGACUGUUUUUUUGUUUCAGGACACCGGGCUUCACUAUGACCGCUACCUUAGGGAAGUCAUUGAUUUCCUGGAGAAGGACCAGCAUUUCAGAGAGAAGCUCCACAAUACAGACAUGGAGGACAUUAAGGUACCCCAGCAGCUACAGCAUUUGCAGGGUCAUGUUCAUUAGGCAACAAACGGACAAAAACAAACUGACAAACAGCGAGGGACUACUCGGACUUGUCCAAUAAGAAAUACUCAUUUUAAUUUUCUGUUGCAAAACAUUUAACUGUUCGUUGCAUGCCCUAAUGAACAUGACCCAGCUGGACUUCUGGUCGGUUUCCAUUUAUUGUUAUUGGCCACUCGAAAAUCUCUGGUUGCUUUUGUUUCUGAGCAGCAAGGCAAGCUGGCCAAAGAGCUGGACUUUGUCGGCCAUCACGUGAGGACCAAACUCGACGAGUUGAAGAGGCAGGAGGUGAACAGGCUACGGACGCUCAUCAAAACUAAACAAGACGUUGAGGGAGGGCAUGGUACGCUGGUCUGUUGUUCAAAUAUGUCCUUUCCUGUCCAACUGGCAGCCAUACUAUCAGCAGGAACAUUUGUCCACUUGACAGGACAUAUGAUGCAAUGCACCACCAACAUCCUAAGCUUGAUAUAGUUCGUCACAUAGGAAAAUGGAAGUGCCUUGAGGCUAUUGUGCAAGUAAAUAGGAACGUGUCACAUGUUGUGAAAGGUCCAUAUUGACACAUUUUGGAAGAGGGGUUGAGGUACUACUAACAAGCAUGGUCUUGCACUCAAACAAGACCAUGCUUAUAUUGGGACUGCCAGAAAUACCUGGCUGCGGUCACCGCCAAAGCAAACGUGCGGUCGAGAGUCAGUCAUCAAAACAAUCUCUCAACUGCUUGUGAAUUUUUAGCACAAUCAUUGUCCAAUAUCCACAAUAUCAAUAACUGCUUGGUGUUAUCAUUCAAAAGAGGUGUUGAGUGACUAGUUUAUUAUUGUUAAGAGGGGAUUUUAAUGUACAAUAUUCUAGAGUAAAGGUCACUAUAAUUUAUUACAAACACAUAAUUAAUUACAAUGAUUAAAUUGUGGAUACAUUUGAGCUGUAACUACACAAUUACCUCAUUAUAUAAAGUAUGCACAUACAUUUUGGCAGCAGUUGUCAGCAAGCAACUUGUAACCACUUAAAACGUACAGUAUUAGUUUCCCUCCUAAUAGGAACCUUCUCUCCUUUUCCCCCCCAGAAAUGAACCACAAGGCGCUGCUCAAGCAGUUUGAGUACAUGAACCACAUGAACCCACACACCUUCGAAGUGGAGGACCUGGAUAAGCUUAUUAAAUCAGUAGGAAUGUUGUUUAUGCACACACUACACCAUGAUGCAAUGUUUAAAAUGGCCACACAACGCUUCUUGAAACCACCCUGCUCAGAACUUGUGGUUCAUGGACCAAAAAGAGAAUUUAAAAGUUCACACACUGACAAUGGCCUUACAGCUGAAAUGUUUGCUCUGCACUUGAUGCCUCUUGAAUGAAUAAGCAUAAAAUAACUUUUAAACUCUGGUGAACUAGGACAUCCAUUUUGAGCCAACAGCCCAAAGGGGUUAUAGCCUUGAAGCUAACUUGUUGUUUGAAUAGCAAAUGUAUUGGAAAGUUCAUCCUAACCAUGCACGCCACGUACAUGUUCUCUAUCUGGUGAUGUUAGACCAUGGAAAAACGUUUAGAGGAUGACAGUGUCCCCAGGAUGUUUUAUAUAGUCGAUUUGACCUAUAGAGGUCUUUGAAUUACCUUUUUAAUGCCUUUUUGUUGGGUUUUGCUCAAAGGUUUUGCUCCUCUUUAUCCGUGGUGAACAAAUUAAUGUUUUUGUUGCUAUUAACAAACCUGAGCUUUCACUUGUAGAUGUAAUUACACAGAGGCAUUGAAGCAUUCUGAGCUAUUUGUCCUUUGUUGGAGAGAGCUGGCUUGCCAGAGGUAAAUGCCCAAAUCAGCUUUGACAGUUGAGAGAGAGCCUGGGGUUGUGUGUGAACUAAACUUGAAAAUUCAGGAUUUCUCCUUGGUAAAGAAGGACGCAAACCUAGUUCCUGUUUUUCUUAAUAUCUGAAUUAAGACUAUUUUGCACAUUUACACUGAACUAAAAGUGAUUUCAUUUUGAACUCUGACCUUUCCAGCGCCUAAUGAGAAUCCUUUGGUACCGUGCUACUUCUAACUGAUGAGUCUGAAAUCAGUGAUGUUAUGUGAACUAAUAUAAUUUGCACUUAAAACUAAUCAUCAAGAGCAUGUCACAUAUUUCUCAGUCUCUUCUAUAAUAGUCUCUAUCCACAUUUGUUAUUGGUUUGAAAUCCCUCCAGGUGCAUGGAUAACUAAUCUCUGACACAGAAUAAUGGGCUUAAAUAGUAUUUAUUUUGCUCAAUUCCAUAUCUACCCAGAUCUAAAGCCUUUUCAGAAGUAUCUAAGGCUAGGGGUUGAAUUUAAAUUGUGCUUUUGUUUUCAUUUGUUCAGUUCUCAUUCUCUCCUUUUCAUGGUUGAUAUAUAGGCUACCAGUGACCUGGAAAACUAUGAUAAGGAGCGGCACGAGGAGUUUAAGAGGUACGAGAUGAUGAAGGACCACAAGAGGAAGGAGCACCUGAAGAACCUCGAUGAGGAGCAUCGCAAAGACGAGGAGCAGCACUACGAAGAGCUGAGGAAGAAACACGCAGACCAUCCCAAAAUCAACCACCCUGUAAGACAUUUAUCCUGAUACUAUAACUAAACCCGAAAUCAACCACCCUGUAAGACAUUUAUCCUGAUACUAUAACUAAACCCAAAAUCAACCACCCUGUAAGACAUUUAUCCUGAUACUAUAACUAAACCCCAAAUCAACCACCCUGUAAGACAUUUACCCUGAUACUAUAACUAAACCCCAAAUCAACCACCCUGUAAGACUUUUAUCCUGAUACUAUAACUAAACCCCAAAUCAACCACCCUGUAAGACAUUUACCCUGAUACUAUAACUAAACCCCAAAUCAACCACCCUGUAAGACAUUUACCCUGAUACUAUAACUAAACCCCAAAUCAACCACCCUGUAAGACAUUUACCCUGAUACUAUAACUAAACCCCAAAUCAACCACCCUGUAAGACAUUUACCCUGAUACUAUAACUAAACCCCAAAUCAACCACCCUGUAAGACAUUUACCCUGAUACUAUAACUAAACCCCAAAUCAACCACCCUGUAAGACAUUUACCCUGAUACUAUAACUAAACCCCAAAUCAACCACCCUGUAAGACAUUUACCCUGAUACUAUAACUAAACCCCAAAUCAACCAGCCUGUAAGACAUUUACCCUGAUACUAUAACUAAACCCCAAAUCAACCAGCCUGUAAGACAUUUACCCUGAUACUAUAACUAAACCCCAAAUCAACCACCCUGUAAGACAUUUACCCUGAUACUAUAACUUAACACGAAGACUUUUCCAAUGAUACCAUAAUUAAACCCUCUAUAUUUAUUCAAAGGAGCAUCAAGUUCAUCACCAUGCACUUUCACCACCCUGUGAAGUUCAUCAUAACAUUAUAACUUAUUUAAUCUAUAGCCUUAUAAACUGUGCAUGCUUUUCCAAGUUGCAGUGGGAGGACCACACAACAUAGCAUUGCUUGACUGCAAAUUUACUGCAACAUGAUGUUUAGGCCUUUUCUAUCAACAAUUGCGCAAAACAUAGUUUCCACUGCCAAUUUGUUGCAUGAUACGUUUCACCGACAAAAAAAAUAAUCCACCCGUCGAGCAUAUUUUCUUUUGUCAAUAUUUAGGAAAGUUUACAGACAAUUUGCUGUUUCCAUCAGGCCUGUUGUAAAAAUGUUUUAUCCAACAGCCACUUUAUUCGCAUAAAAAGGGUUGGGCGGAAACACGAAUACAGUAACUAAACCCCAAAUCAACCACCCUAUUGGACAUUUACAAUGACACUAUGACUAAACCCAAAAUGAAUCACCAUGUAAGACAUUUACCUUGAUAAUCAACCACCCUCUAAGAUAUUUCAGUGAUAUUAAACCCCAAAUGAUUGAACCCCAAAUGAACUAGCCUUUUUGUGCUGUAGACCUAUACCAUAUGAGUUGGCUAUACAGCACAAACAGAUCUAGGACCAGGCUAGAAAUUAACCACCCUGUAGGAAUUUACAGUGAACUAAUCUAAUACUAAGAAAGACCCUGUUACUGUACAUGGGUCUUUCUAUAAAUAAUGGGGCCAAUGUGUGACAUUGGGAUAAACAUUUCAAAAUGGUUUGAAACUAAAGUAAAACAUAUUUUUAUGCAGUUCCACAUGUAUAUUUAGAGGAAUAUAUGCAAAUUGGCCCAUAACUCCACCUAUACAACAACAUAGGCCUAGGACUAUGCAGUGCCUUCAGAAAGUAUUCACACCCCUUGACCUUUUCCACAUUUUGUUGUGUUACAGCCUGAAUUUUUUGUCACUGGCCUACACACAAUACCCUAUAACGUCAAAGUGGAAAUAUGUUUUUUGACAUUUUUACAAAUUAAUUAAAAAUGAAAAGCUGAAAUGUCUUGAGUUAAUAAGUAUUCAACCCCUUUGUUAUGGCAAGCCUAAAUAAGUUCAGGAGUAAACAUUUGCUUAACAAGUCACAUAAUAAGUUGCAUGGACUCACUCUGGGUGCAAAUAAUAGUGUUUAACAUGAUUUUUGAAUGGCUACCUCAUCUCUGUACCCCUCACAUACAAUUAUCUGUAAGGUCCCUCGGUCGAGCAGUGAAUUUCAAACACAGAUCCAACCACAAAGACCAGAGAGGUUUUCCAAUGCCUCACAAAGAAGGGCACCUAUUGGAUGGGUAAAAAAAAAAAAAAAGACAUUGAAUAUCCCUUUGAGCAUGGUGAAGUUAUUAAUUAAACUUUGGAUGGUGUAUCAAUACACCCAGUCACUACAAAGAUACAGGCGUCCUUCCUAACUCAGUUGCCGGAGAGGAAGGAAACAGCUCAGGGAUUUCACCUUGAGGCCAAUGGUGACUUUAAAACAGUUACAGAGUUGAAUGGCUGUGAUAGAAAAAAACGGACGAUCAAAUAAAAUGUCAUUGGUCAUAUACGCCUAAUAUAACCGGUGUAGACUUUACAGUGAAAUGCUUACUUACGAGCGCAUUCCCAACAGUCCAGAGUUAAAAAGUAAGACAAAUGUUUGCUAAAUAAAAAAGGAAAUAGUAAAAAAAAAAAAAAUGCUCAACCUCCAGAUGUGUAUGAGGGGGGAGUUUAAGUACAAUUCUUACAAGCUUGUUUGGCUGGUAGCUUGUUCUUUAGAUGUUUGGGGCUGCUGGUGAACCAUAAUGUGCAGGUAUAAUCAAAGUGUCACUGGACUAGCGCACUUGCCAGAGUCUUUAGGGUGUCUAUAGCUAGGUUUCCAUCCAAUUGGUGAAUAUUUUUCAUAAAAACGAUAUGCCAUUUCAGAGUUUCCUUUAGGAAAAUUUGGCGCCGGACAACAUGACAGGGAAGACCUUCAUUUACCGGACAUUUGAGAAAUUUACCGGACAUCCAUAUGCGUUCAGAUCUGACCUGGCGCAGCCAGCGCCAUCAUUAAACGAGGGAUGUUGGCCAAAUGAGCCACAUUAACCUCUUAAGGAUCGGACCCUUUUUUUUUCUCAAUUUUCGCCUAAAAUGACAUACCCAAAUCUAACUGCCAGUAGCUCAGGACCUGAAGCAAGGAUAUGCAUAUUCUUGAUACCAUUUGAAAGGAAACACUUUGAAGUUUGUGGAAAUGUAGGAGAAUAUAACACAUUAGAUCUGGUAAAAUAUAAUACAUCUUUGAAAUGAAGAGAAAGGCCACAAUAUAAUAUUCCAGUUUAGGCGCAAUUUAGAUUUUGGCCACUAGAUGACAGCAGUGUGUGUGCAAAGUUUCAGAUUGAUCCACUGAAGCAUUGCAAUACUGGACUAUUUUGUAUCAAGUCUGCCCAAAUGUGCUGAAUUGGUCAAUUUAUACAUUUUCAAGUAUAUAACUAUAGAGAACAUACAAAAAUGAUAUGGUAAUACAAAAUAAGUAAGUUUACACACUCCCAGGAAUGUCAUACAUGAUGGAUCAUUAGCUUAUACACUAACUUUCACACAUCUAGAUGGCCGGGCGGGGUGGGUGUGGAGCCAGAGACAGCAGGGGUUCAAACUGAGGGUUCAAACAUUUGAAUAUAAAAAUGGAUUUUAUCAAACAAAACUAUGCUACAUUUUAUCUCUGGGACCCUCAGGAUGACAAAUCAGAGCAAGAUUACUGAAUGUAAGUACAUUAUUUACCUUCAGAGGUGAAUGCAUCAAACCAGUUGCCGUGAUACGUGUUCUGUUGUUGUGCACUCUCCUCAUACAAUAGCAUGGUCUUUCUUUCACUGUAAUAGCUACUGUAAAUUGGACAGUGCAGUUAGAUUAACAAGAAUUUAAGCUUUCUGCCCAUAUAAGACAUGUCUAUGUCCUGGAAAGUUUGCUGUUACUUACAACAGUCAUGCUAAUCACAUUAGCGCACGUUAGCUCAACCGUCCCGUGGAGGAUGAAAACAGCUAUAACAAAUUACAAAAUCACUAUUCCGUGUGUUUCGAUGUGUAGCAUAUGCAAAACAUAUUAGCAACAUUCCCCCCCCUCUAAAAUAACAAUUGUCCACCUCUAGGUUCAGCUGUCAGAGAUUUGAGUACUAAAUGUAUCAGGGCAUUGCAUGCAUAGGCCUUUAGGCUUAGGUGUCCACUGUAUGAUAUUCAUAUUUUUAUAAAUAUAUAUAUAUAUAUAGAGAGAGCCUAUAUAAAGAGAAAUAAGCUUAGGCCUAACCCCAGAGAGAGAGAGAGAGAUAUGCCGGUGGCUACUGCAUCUGCUAUACAGAUAUUGACAUACAGAAGGAGGCUAAUACAUAAUUUUUUAAUAAGAAUAUAUUUUUUAUAAAGAUAAGCAUUAUAGUGUUAGAUUAUAGAAGUAACUUUGGUAAGCCUGAGCCUCUGAAACAGUCUUCCUCACCUCAAGUUCAACUGUCAGAGUCAGUUGGAGCGCCUUCAUAUGAUAUGCCUGCAGUAGCUAAAGCUUAAUAAAAUAGCCACACCAUACCAAACCUUCACAAACGUUUCUAAACUAGUGUUUAUAGGGAAAAUACGAGCAGAAGAGCAAAUGUAAACCAGGGAAAAAACGCACUACCCUCCCCUGUGCCCAAUAAAAAAAACACACAACCCUCCCCAAAGCAAAAAAAUAUAAAAAAUUAACAACCCUCCCCUAUUUUGGACCACCCCGCCCCCAGUCAAUUUGUAUCUGUCCUUAAUUAUUGAAGAAUGUUAAGUAUUGAUUUAGGUUUUACGUAUCAAGGUAAGGUGACUUCUUCGGUUAGAAGCAUUUGAUUUUGCAAUUGCAAACAUUUUGGGGGAAUUGUGUGCACAUGAAAACUGUUUUCACCCCGUAACGUAUGGAGACACGAAAUGUUACGUAGUUACACUGCAUUUCUGAGAUCUCUAUACAAAAGAACUGUCAGACGGCUACAGUGCCUUGCAAAAGUAUUCAUCCCCCUUGGCGUUUUUCCUAUUUUGUUGCAUUACAACCUGUAAUUUAAAUGGAUGUUUAUUUGGAUGUCAUGUAAUGGACAUACACAAAAUAGUCCAAAAAUUUUUAAAAAGUACUUGUUUCAAAAAAUUUUACUAAAUAAAUAACGGAAGUGGUGCGUGCAUAUGUAUUUACCCCCUUUGCUAUGAAGCCCCUAAAUAAGAUCUGGUUCAACCAAUUACCUUCAGAAGUCACAUAAUUAGUUAAAUAAAGUCCACCUGUGUGCAAUCUAACUGUCACAUGAUCUCAGUAUAUAUACACCUGUUCUGAAAGGCAUUAGAGUCUGCAACACCAAUAAGCAAGGGGCACCACCAAGCAAGCGGCACCAUGAAGACAAAGGAGCUCUCCAAACAUGUCAGGGACAAAGUUGUGGAGAAGUACAGAUCAGGGUUGGGUUAAAAAAAUAUAUCAGAAACAUUGAACAUCCCACGGAGCACCAUUAAAUCCAUUAUUAAAAAAUCGAAAGAAUAUGGCCCCACAACAAACCUGCCAAGAGAGGGCCGCCCACCAAAACUUGCGGACCAGGCAAGGAGGGCAUUAAUCAGAGAGGCAACAAAGAGACCAAAGAUAACCCUGGAGGAGCUGCAAAGCUCCACAGCGGAGAUUGGAGUAUCUGUCCAUAGGACCACUUUAAGCCGUACACUCCACAGAGCUGGGCUUUACGGAAGAGUGGCCAGAAAAAAGCCAUUGCUUAAAGAAAAAAAUAAGUAAACACGUUUGGUGUUCGCCAAAAGGCAUGUGGUAGACUCCCCAAACAUAUGGAAGAAGGUACUCUGUUCAGAUGAGACUAAAUUUGAGCUUUUUGGCCAUCAAGGAAAACGCUAUGUCUGGCGCAAACCCAACACCUAUCAUCACCCCGAGAACACCAUCCCCACAGUGAAGCAUGGUGUGGGGAUGUUUUUCAUCGGCAGGGACUGGGAAACUGGUCAGAAUUGAAGGAAUGAUGGAUGGCGCUAAAUACAGGGAAAUUCUUGAGGGAAACCUGUUUCAGUCUUCCAGAGAUUUGAGACUGGGACGGAGGUUCACCUUCCAGCAGGACAAUGACCCUAAGCAUACUGCUAAAGCAACACUCGAGUGGUUUAAGGGGAAACAUUUAAAUGUCUUGGAAUGGCCUAGUCAAAGCCCAGACCUCAAUCCAAUUGAGAAUCUGUGGUAUGACUUAAAGAUAGCUGUACACCAGCGGAACCCAUCCAACUUGAAGGAGCUGGAGCAGUUUUGCCUUGAAGAAUGGGCAAAAAUCCCAGUGGCUAGAUGUGCCAAGCUUAUAGAGACAUACCCCAAGAGACUUGCAGCUGUAAUUGCUGCAAAAGAUGGCUCUACAAAGUAUUGACUUUGGGGGGGUAAAUAGUUACGCACGCUCAAGUUUUCAGUUUUUUUGUCUUAUUUCUUGUUUGUUGCACAAAAAAAUAUUUUGCAUCUUCAAAGUGGUAGGCAUGUUGUGUUAAUCAAAUGAUACAACCCCCCCAAAAAAUCAAUUUUAAUUCCAGGUUGUAAGGCAACAAAAUAGGAAAAAUGCCAAGGGGGGUGAAUACUUUCGCAAAGAUUCUUACAGGGUUCAAGUUCAAUUUCUAAUUUAACUGAUUCAUGCUUAAAAUAUUAUAUAAAGCCAACUUACAAUUCUAUAAAUGCAAGGACCGAAAAGUAAUGCUUUAUGUUACACGAUUUCGGACAAAUCCGUCAAGACACCAACCAUGAGAAAAGAUUAAACAUAGGUUUUAAAUCAACGCGUGAAUUUUAUUGAAUGUAGCUAGCUAUGUUACCCCCUUAUAUAUAAAUGUAAUUACAUGAACAAAAAUGCUGAUUAUUAUCAAUAACAAGUUGUCUGGCAUAUGAAAUCCUCACUGGUACCCUAGUUUAUAGAAAUACCCAUAUACAGUGUAAACUGUACUACUAAAGUCUUUAAAGUGAAGUGUGUGUGUGUGUGUGUGUGUGUGUGUGUGUAGGGCAGUCAGGACCAGCUGAAAGAAGUCUGGAAGGAGUCUGACGGUUUGGACCCAAAUGACUUUGACCCCAAGACCUUCUUCAAACUCCACGGUAAGCUCACACCAGAAGCCAUUCACAGGUUCAAAACACUGAACAAAAGCCUAAUCAAAUUAUCUUGUCUCACAUUCUCAAAUUACACACCAAUCACAAUGGACCCUAUUAAGAAAUUAUCCAAUUAAAAACUUUUUUAUUGAAGCCAUUUUAUUUUCUCUCUUUUUGCAGACACCAACGGAGAUGGCUACAUUGAUGAGCAGGAGCUUGAAGCCCUGUUCACUAAAGAGGUGUGUGUGUAUGCGUGAGUGUGUGUGUGUGUGUGUGCAUGCGUGUGUUGUAACUCGAGCAGGCACAGAGUUGAAAUCCGUGUGUGUUUUGUAGCUGGAGAAGAUGUACAGCCCCAAUCUAGAAGAGGAUGACAUGACAGAGAUGGAGGAGGAGAGACUGCGCAUGAGGGAACACGUCAUGAAUGAGGUGAGCUAGCAGGAUGGAGUCACUGAGUCACACACACACACACACACAAAAUCAACACUGCUUCUUCAGUCAACCUAUUUCCUGAUGUUUCUUUCCUUUCAUCUGUACUCAGGUGGACACCAACAAGGACAGACUGGUCUCCCUGGAUGAGUUCCUGAUCUCCACAAACAAGAAAGAGUUCCAAGAGCCAGACAGCUGGGAAGUAAGGGACAGGCAACUACCACCACCUCAGUGUGGUUUCCUGCUGUAGCCUGAAGUGGUCAAUAGGAACUGAAUGCUAUUGACCCUAAGCCUGAGAAGCAACGCAAUAAUGGAGCUUCUACCCUUCUCUCUUUCUCCUCUCCUUCUCUGUUUCUCCCCUCCCCUCCUCUCCUCUCUCCACGUCUUCUCCUCUCCAGACUCUGGAGCAGGCCCCAGCGUACACGGACGAGGAUAUGAAGUUGUUUGAGGAGCAGCUGGCCCAGGAGGAGAGCAACCUCAACCAGAAGAACGUAGAUCUGCAGAAACAGAAAGAGGAGCUGGAAAGGCAGCAGGAGCAACUCAACGCCCAGAAAGCCGAACUGCAGCAGGUAACCUACAGUACCUCAUAUCAAUGUUAGCAUUUACAAAAUGUCCGAAUUAACAGCUAACAACCUAUUAACAGCUAACGCACCCUUUUGACACAAAAUGCAUCUGCAGUCCCAUAGCAGACGAGCUUUGACACAGUAGCAUUAAAUAUGCUCAGUAUUAAAGGGGUAACUAACUUAAUAAAUAAGUGACUCAUAAUUUGACUCUUUAUUCUGUGACAUUGACUCACCCUAAACAAAAGAGAGCACCUUUUAAGCUACAAUUUGUCUAUGGUAAACACUUUUGAACUGGGUCAUCGCGCUCCCAGUUUUUUGGGUCGGAUAACAUCUCCGUCUUGUGUCUUUCUUGUCCUCAGGCCGUGGAACACAUGCAGAUAAUAAAAUCUGAAAAAGCAAAUGUGGCCGUUGGGGUCAAAGGUCAGUACAAGUUGCCUUCAGAAAGAACAUCCUCUAUUAUAGGCUAGUAUUGCCAACAAGAAUAAUGACCAUUGGUUGAAUCCUAACUUCCACUUAAGUCUAAUUUUCACUUAGUCAAGCAUUGAUGUCAAUGGGAGACAAAGUGAAAAUUUGACUCAAGAGUAAGUUAGGAUUUUCCCGUCUGUUUCAAACAAGAUGAUGUGCUUUAGAUGGAGGAGCUACAGUAGCAGUGCCCCCUGGUGGUCAAGCGUUGCCAGUACUACCAGGAGACAGACAACCUCUACCCCCUGGUCACCAGCAAGACUUACCUGCACACUCUUAGCAGGCCCGGCAGCUUUUUCUGUGUGUGUGAAUCUCUGUGUGUGUGUUUGCGCAUGUGUGUGUGCGCUCAUGUGUGUUUGCGUGUGCAUACGUGUGUAAAUUAAUUUAGCAAUUAAUCAGUUUCAGUUAGCUUUAAUGUGUUGUUGGAGCUCUAUGGUCCCACAAUAUACUCGGACGCACACAUACAGUCCAACAAUUUCCCAAGACCAGCUAAACCAAUCAGAAUGAAGCCUUGGAUUUUGACCCACUACCAGUCGUGGCAUUCCGGAGCUGGCAGGAACAGCCAGCACAACCAACGAGACUUGAAAUAAUUGCUGAACCAGGCAUUUUGUGGACAAUCCACUCUUUGUUAUUAGUUAUUUUCCCUCUUGACACAACCAGAACAUGGUUCGAUAUGGGAAGUAAUUUGGGACGAGUGGGAAGAGUUUUUGUUACUGAAUAUUUGCAAUGUUUUGUUUUCUACCUAGUUAGGUAGGCUACCCAGUGGGAUUGUUUCUCUGGAGAAAGAUUUGUUUGAAAUACAAAAUACAUUUGGUUAAAUCGUUUACGGAGGUGGGUCAAAUGAAUGUCAAUUUUGAUAUGCUACUCGAUAGUAUGCUGUCAUGAUAAAUAAUGUAUAACUUACCUGGAGAUGGUUUACUGUUAUAGUCUUGCUGAUUCAUUCCUGAUAUUAAUAAUUGCCCAUACACAGAUAAAACCUAUUGGCUUCACAUCAUAGACAAUGAAGGCAUAAUUAGUUCUUAGUAUUUUAUUUUAUUUUUAUUGGACUUUGUUAGUUAAGAUACAGUAUGGAGAUUAUGAAGAUACUAAAGUAAUUCAAUAUUGGCCAAAAUAAUGUUUACAUGCCACAAACUGCCAUUUGUUUUCGUGUAACAAAAAUGCCCCAUUGAUGUGGACUUAGAAUGUUGUAAAUGUUUUCAUUGUGGUUGAUAGGGACAAUAGUGAUAAUUAGUAGGAGUCUUGAAUGUUAUUU